AUGGACUAUGCUGCUGCAUGUCGCACUCGAUACAACAGGAGACGAAGCUCAGAGGACCUACAAACGGCAUUGGCACUGCUCGAGAAAGCAGUGAGGAUGUGUCCUGUGACAGAAGCAUCACGCCCUCAUCUAUUGAACAACCUUGGCCUUUCGCUGCGAAGCCGAUACGAUGAUACGGGGGACAAACAAGCUUUGGACAGCGCGAUACACAGUUUUCGCGAGGCCUUGAAGCUUCGACCCAGAACUCACCCCGAUCGCUGUGUUACUUUAGGCAGUUUGGCGAAUAGCUUGCGGGAGAGAUACAAGCUGUUCGGGCACCACAUAGACCUCGAUGAGUCUAUUGCAAAGCAGCGCGAAGCUCUGGAUCUCCGCACUGAAGAUCAUGCGGAUCGGUGGAUGACACAGAGCAACCUCGGUAACGCCUUGCUGCUCAAGUACGAGACAUCAGGUGAACCACAGGACAUUCUGGAGGCUAUCGCGGCCAUCCAGUCUUGUCCCCCUGAUCAUCGAAGUGCCACAUCAGGAAAACCAAGAGCACUUCACGUCAAAUUUUCUAUCCUUCAACGCCAUGGCGGGAAUCUUGAGGACAUCGACGAAGCUAUCACUCUCAAUCGGAAAGCAAUUUCCCUUCAGCGCAAUCCUCCCGACGACGACAAUCUCGCCAAUGCUUUGUUGGAAAGAUUCGAGAACACCGGCGACACACGGGAUAGCAACGAAGCGAUCCAAUACCUCAGAGACGCUCUACGCAGGCGUUCUGGAGGUCCUUCACGAGCAAGUUCCCUCCACAAUCUCGGUGUGGCGCUAGGAUUCCGUGAUGACCAAACGCGCAACAGAGGCGACUUGGACGAAGCAAUUCAACUGCACCGCGAGGCGCUGGAUCUCCGUCCUCCUGGUCAUGCAGAACGCUUCAUGUCCCUCAGCAUGCUUGGAAUAUUUUACAAGACACUCUUCCACCUCGGGGACUCCACUUCGCUGGAAAGGGCUAUCGCCGCGCAGCGCGAAGCGCUAGAUUGCUGCCCAGAGGACCGACUCAUCGACUAUUCGCAGAUCACUGGACAUCUGGGCAGUGCCUUGUUGGAGAAACACAGAUCCACGCACAACAAAGAAGAUCUUGAUUAUGCAAUCAAUGCCCUCAACUCUGCCCUUGGCCGAUUGCCAGCUUCACAUUCCUUGAGACGCAUAUCCUUGGUGAACGCAGCACUGGCUCACCGUUCCAAGCUGCCGCUUCACGAUGAAGACCUCGAACGUAUCAUUUCCUAUCAGCACGAAGCCUCAGAGCUGUUCCCGCUGGAGCAUCCACUGCAAUCUGUCAUCCUUGCACGGCUCGCUACUGCACUUCUGCAUAGGAGCUCAACGGGUCAAGACCCUAAGUUCGCUCUUCUCGAGAGAGCGACCACGCUUCGAACGGCGUCGGCCCGGGACCGCCUGACUGCCGCAGGAGAUCGGGCGACGGCAGCUCGACAACGACAGCACCCUACCACGAUUUCCGCAUAUUCACAUACCCUGGCACUUCUCGACCUCUGCCUUACUGCCACGCCCACAGCAGAACUUCAGCACAAGCUUCUCGUGGAACUCGAUCGACGUUCGAUUGCGUGCGAAGCCUGUGCGGCUGCCAUUGAGCUUGGGGAUCUGGAGGUCGCAGUCGAGCUCCUCGAGCGAGGCCGGGGUCUGCUGUGGGCCAGGUUGACUCGGUUUCGCCACCCACUGGACGACUUGAAGGCCGUCAACCCAGAUCUUGCGCGCUCGUUCGAGGAGUCUAGCCGAGAGCUCGAGGAGCUUGCCACCAGUUCGUCCGAAGGAGCCGUGGGUACCGCCGCCGCAUCGUCAUCCGGACCUACGUCGACCCCAAGAUUUGAUAAGCAGCUGCAUACCUUGCACACGACCUCUGAACGGCUGCACAAGGUGGUGGAAGAGAUCCGCAGAAUCCCCCGCUUCGCCAAUUUCCUCGACGCUGUCCCGUACGCUGACCUGUGCAAGGCAGCUGCAACCGGGCCGACUAUUAUAGUCAACAUUUGCGAAUUUCGCUCGGACGCUCUCAUCAUUCGUCACGAUUGUCCGCCACUCCUCGUGCCUCUCCCUGCUGCAACUCCGUCGGCACUGGUGAAGCUCACGAAUACGCUUCUCAACUAUGCUGCGCCACAACAGACCGCGAGCGCGAGUGUGCAUGACAAGGAGAUCCGCAGGUUACUGCGAACCCUCUGGGACAUUGUUGUUGAGCCGAUAGCAAACAAGCUCAUAGAAGUUGGCGUCCAGCAGCACUCCCAAGUGUGGUGGUACCCGACUGGAGUACUUUGUCGUUUGCCACUUCAUGCAGCCGGACCGUACAAGCGUUCACAGCCCGGCUUUCACGAGCUCUACGUAUCUUCCUACACAACAACCCUUUCCCGCGCCCUUUCAUGCGUCGACGAUGAUACUACCGCCGGCAAUGACGGCCUGCGGAAUAUGCUCCUCGUCAGUGUCGCUGGGGAUCCGUCGGCGAAGCACAAAUAUCUGAAAACUGCGGCAGCAGAAGCCGACGUCAUACGCCACUUCUCCGACAGCUUCGCUUCGUUCCUUGCGCUCUGUGACGACGCUGCGUCCCCGCAAGCUGUGCUAGCUCAUCUCCACGAAUACUCAUGGGCACACUUUACUUGUCACGGACACCAGAAUCCUUCGCCGUUCGAUUCUUCGUUCGAGCUGCAUGGUGAGGGGUACCUCCGUCUUAUUAACAUCGUGCGAUCACGCCUGCCAAAUGCCGAGCUUGCGUUUCUUUCCGCGUGCAACACCGCCACGGGGGACUUCGAGGGGGCACCGGAUGAGGUCAUUCACCUCGCUGCAGCCAUGCAAUUCUGCGGGUUCCGCAGCGUCGUCGGGACAUUGUGGCCGAUGCGAGAUGAAGAUGGUCCAGUCGUCACAGAGGCUUUUUGUGAUUUCUUGCUGCACAGGCGGCAGAAAAUAGGGUACAGAAGCUCUGCAGAGGCUUUGCACCAUGCUGUUACGAAACUACGCUCCGACAAGAAUGUAACGAUUGACCGCUAGAUUAACUUUGUACACUUUGGCGCUUGAACCCCAUGUGAAAUAUCGAAUACCGUGCACCGGACAGGAAUUAACCUAUUUGUGACUGGGUAGCAGUAGUGAGAUGGCGCAUUUACCUGCGCUUGAAAUCUGAGUGAAAGCAUGAAUAUUUCGACUCGAUCUCCGAGCAGAUCACCCCGCCGGCGGACACAAUCAUUGGGCAGCCGUGCGCUCUUGUCUCGCCACUUGGCACGAACGCUCUUACAUCCGAUGUCCGCCAGGGAUCGCCGCCCCAAGGGUGAGACAGCGCAAUGCUCAGUCCCAGGCCUCUUCGAUGGUAUUGAUUUCGAAACACCUUUGCGUCGCUUUUCCGGAAAGCCACAACGGUGAUUGAGAACUCGACCUCUCGUCUCCAACGUAUGAACAGUGAGCGCAAGUCCGGGGACAGUUCCUCAGUACGUUGCGCCGAGCAGCAUACGGUUCGUCUCGCAUGGAAAUGGGGCACAACACAGCGGUGCGGAGGAACGAAACGAAAGCAAUGAAUGUAUCGCGUACACAUACAAGGACGUCGCACCGACGUGCAGUGGACGCUGCAGGGACCUAUGAUGAUAUACGGCGUAAGCGGACACAACCCCAAUCGCCGUACUGAUCGCGUCUUCACGCCCGUUAUGCCAUCACCGCUCUCGCCCCCUGCUUGCGGUCACAGUCCCGCUCCUUCUGCUGAGCGACAAGGGCACCGGCCGCACCGUGACGGCGAGCAUCGCGUCGUCGGAUGGCUCUGAGAUCGAAGUGCACCGAACCGAGCGGUGCACUUCACCCGUGUUCGUAACACCCUCUUCCCGGCCCUGCCUCUCUUGCACGUCAUCCCGCACAGGGUCGUGAAUUGCUCGCACCAACACUUACAGCGGACUUCCGGCCCCCGAGCACAGCCAGAGCGGUCGGCAUCCGACACCGGCACGGUGAGAUUGGGGGAUAUAAAACGAGCCCUGAUGCAAAGGCGACAUACGGUGCCCACCGCUUUCUCCCCCUCAUCCGCGCAUGUGUCGUGCGUAGCGUUGUACGCGUAUGCCCCUCACCAGCCGUCGAUCCCGGCUGACGUUGACGGUGGGAGUAGGUCGUCUCCUCGCUCUAUCCCAUCUGAGGCGAGCGCAGGCCCCUGCAGGAACGCCGUUCGCCUUCCGCUCGCGGUCCAGGUUGACCUUGCACGCGGGGAUUCAUUUGUGCACGUCGUUUGCGGACGUGAUGGCGGCCAAUGAGACGCUUAGACGUGGCAGGUCGGUGCGGCUUGCGAGGCUGGGUGAGGCGGUCUUCAUUCUUCGUGAACGCGGCUGUCGGUGGUUGAACUCGCCGCUUUGUACUUUGUGACGGCGGUGGCCGCGGUCGGAAGUUCUUGUGCUGGGGUGGUUGGAACUGACGUCGGGGCGCGCGCUCAUUGCCUGGCCGCAUCGUUAGAGCGAGGAGAUAGGGAGACGACACACUUGAAGGUGAAGACCGACGCCGUCGGGACGCUCGGCACGAGCAGAGCUUGGCGAACGCGACUCCGGAGGGGGCUGUCGGUCGAAUGCUCGAUGACCUUCGCAGUCUUGCCCUGCAUGACGGCAGAAUCGAGAUCACUCGGUGAAUGCUGCAGACGCGUAAGCAGUCAGCGAGCGAAGCCCUCCAGAGCGCAGAUGGUGUCAUGGCGACGUGCUCAGCGAUGCGAUCCCAAUUCUGUCCUCACGUCGAUGGGGACGUUCCGGCAUGGCAUUUGGGCGGGUAUGACAGCGUGGGCGGUCAGAGCGCACUCGAGCUCGAGGCUUUGGCAGGGAUUGAGUCUUGAGGCGAGAACACGCGCAAGACCGCGUGUAUCGGCGCCACCGCGGUAGCGGGAGAGGGCGCGUCCUACGCCUCACGACAGGCGUGGGUGGAGGAGGGCGUGGGGUCGCAGUCGAUGCGGCGACGCGGAUAUUGGGGGGAGAGGACGGAGUCGCUGAGCGGGAGGAGCAGAUUGGCUCAGGCUGUGCGAUCCCCAGGACGCGCCGUAUGCACCCGCUCUGACGAAUACCGAGAGCCUGGAAGGACGGCGCGAUGGCCGGGUUCGUGUCGACAGCGGUCCGCGGAUGCUUACCGUUGAUCGCGAGAGCUAUUCCAAUCGCACGCGCACUAUCAGUCGUGGAGGACGGUGAUAUCUACCUCACGGCAGCGGGCAGCAAGCAUGGCAGCGUAGGGGGAUGCGAGUGAAUAUGAUCUCAUAAUAAUCACUUCGGAGAACAUAGGGUAUGAAGGGAACGCACCAGUAACACGGGAGAUGGUCUCCUUGCCGGAGAGAUCGGUAACGUGGACGAAGGUGUCGGUGGACGAAGGUUGGUGACCGUGAACGCGUCGGGGGCGACGUGCAUGGAGCGGUGGCCAGCGCCGUCGGUGAGGAGGACGAGAUGAGUGGAGGAGCAGUUCACAAAGGGCGAUCAAAGCCAUAGGGCAGAUACGCCGCCG